UCCCAGCACUAUUUUCAAAUAUAAACAAAUUCCGCUUAGUUAAUGAUAAGAUGCUGGGCAAUGAGAUUAAAGUAAUUUUAUUGGACAUCGAGGGAACCACAACCUCCAUUGGAUUUGUUCACCACAUUCUCUUUCCCUAUGCAAAGCAAAAUGUGGAGGAGUAUCUGAAAAAGGAAUGGGAUAGUGACGAGAUAAAACAAAUAGUCCAGGACUUGCAGCAGGUGCCUUCAUUUGAAGUAUAUAAAGCGACUUUGGUUGAUUCAUCAGCAUCCAGCAUUACUGUAGAGCUCAUUACGGGAUUUGUGCGUUAUCUUAUUGAUAAAGAUUUGAAGGUGACACCUCUGAAAACGCUGCAAGGUCUUAUCUGGGCCAACGGCUAUGAGAGUGGUGAACUUAAGGGCCAUGUCUAUGAUGAUGUUAAGGAGGCUUUUGAACAUUGGAAUAACUCGGGCCUGAAGUUGGCCAUUUAUUCCAGUGGCAGUGUGGCAGCCCAGAAAUUGAUAUUUGGAUAUAGCACUUCUGGAAAUUUAUUGCCUUAUCUUAGUGCCCAUUUUGACACGCACGUGGGACAUAAACAGGAAAAGGAUUCCUAUAUCAACAUAGCCAAAUCUCUAGAGACGAACCCCGAACAUAUACUCUUUCUCACGGAUAUUCCUGGUGAAGCUGACGCUGCUCGAGCAGCUGGAUUGCAGGCCAUUAUCCUUCAGCGUUUCGGCAACGCGCCACUAACUGAUGACGAAAAGUCCCUGAAUAAAAUCAUAAAUGAUUUCUCUGUACUAAAAGUGGACAAAUGAAUCGAAGAAAAAAAGUAUACAUAUAUAUUCGGUCUACAAGUUA